AUGCUUUCUGUUGUUGCAGGGCAGCAAUCACUCCCUGGCUACAGCGGGGAUGGAGGUGCUGCGAACGCUGCCUUGCUCAACGGGCCUGUAUCCUUGGCAGUGGAUAGCCGUGGCGACUUGUACAUCGCCGACAUGCUCAACGGUCGCGUUCGCAAAGUUUUUCUGGAGUCCAGGGUUGUGAUGCAUGCCAACACUACGCCGAUAGUGUACUCCGCACUGCCACAGAUCGGCACUUAUGCGGGGAACGGCGUCUACGGUUUUGGCGGCGACGGUGGUCCAGCAGUGGAUGCCCAAUUUCGCCACGUAGUAGGGCUUGCCUUUGAUCCUCGCAAUGAUGACCUGUACAUCGCCGACCAGGGCAACUCAAGGAUUCGGCGGGUCGUUAAUGCCACGGGUAUCAUCGAGACUUUUGCAGGCUUGGGCUUGGUCGGUGACACUGGUGAUGGCGGCUUAGCAGCGGUUGCCAGACUAAGUCUGGAUCGGGCGCAUGUUGCAGUGGACAUAAUGGGCUAUGUAUACAUUGCUGACAGAGGAAACAAUCGAAUCCGCGUGAUCGACCCCGCGACAGGUAUCAUUGAUGGCUUCGCCGGCAACGGGGCAACCUCGCCGCUAAGGGUCGGAGGCUAUGCCGCCCUGCCCACCACAACGCCAUUCCGCGAUGGUGUUACUUUGCGAUCACCAGGUCAGAUGGCAUUUCCUCCUCUCCCUCUUGCUCCUCUAGAUGCUCAAAGUGAAGCCAGGCUACCAUGGAUGGACCUCUAUAUAGCCGACGAGGGCAGCCAUCAAGUGCGCCAACUGGCCUCUCUUCGAAAUCUUGCGGCAGUUUGCGUGUAUGGUGCACCUUGCUGCCUUAAGAAUUUGACUGCGCUCGGAGCCUCGAAUUUUGCUUUGGCUGCUGGAGAUCGGCUGGCAGCUAUGCGCAUGAGUGGUUCCCCUUGCGGGCGAGGGACUUCAGCAGGAGGAUGGCCGAUGGCAGUGCGCGGGAUGCCGCAGAAUGGUGUUUCGCAGCCUGCGACAGAUGCAGCUGUCUUCAGCUUUGGGCCCGAACCCGUGUUGGCCCUGCCGGGCCACUACCAGCUUUGCUGGUGCCCCGCGUCCCGCGGAUGUUUUGAUGAAGUUGACUUCGCAAUUCCUGCUGGUAUCCUGACAGUAAAAGGUCCUUUCCUGGGCUACUCACGCACGUGCCAUGUCGGACAGGCCUGUGGAGAGGCUGGGGAGGUUGCCGGCUUGUCUGGGAUCGGGCUUUCGAAUGGCGACCGCUUGAUGGCCAUGGUGUCCUGCUCAGAGCUUGCGGGAGCGGCUGGCGCCGUAGGCUUCCCAGAGGUGCCAGGGCGUGCUCGGGGAGUAUCCCUAGAGGCCCAGCAGCAUGGGUCGAUGUUCAGCUGGGGCACGCAGGGUGCGUUCAAUGGUGCUAUUUUGGCAGGGGGCAACUACCGCCUAUGCUGGUGCCCACAAGGAUACGAGUGUCGCACUCCGAGCGCCUUCGGCCUUGAUGUUGGCCAGCUCAGUGUUGUUGGACCUUACCUCUCGUGCGAUAUCAGCCCACCUGGCUACUGUGCAGACCAAAAUCGUGACGUAGUUGGAGGCACCGUCUACAACGUCACUGAUAUUGCAGGACUGGGAUACCUGGCUGAAGAGAUGCAGACAUCUUUAUAG